AAGUACGCGGCUCAAGCAAACGCGGCAUACCGUAUUCGCCUAAGUGAGACAACCGGUGAAGAGGCACGCAGAUCGACGACAAUGGAUAAUACCAACGCUCUGCUGUUCCUAGCACUCGUGUGCUUGCAGGCGAUGUUCGUGCGUGCUGCGCCGGACUGGGUACCCCCCGAGGUAUUCGAAAUGGUCCAAGAUGACAAACAACGAUGCAUGGGCGAACACGGCACAACGCAAGCGCAGAUCGAUGAAGUGGAUAAAGGGAUCAUGACCAACGAUCCGUCGAUAACAUGUUACAUGUACUGUCUCCUCGAAGCAUUUAGUUUGGUGGACGACGAGGCCAAUUUGGAGACGGACAUGUUGAUGGGUCUGCUGCCUGAUAAUCUUCAGGAUAAAGCGACCGAAGUUCUGGGCAAGUGCACACCGACAGCCGGCACUGACAAUUGCAACAAGAUCUACAAUCUCGGCAAAUGCAUCUACGAUGCUGUACCAGAUUUGUGGUUCAUCGUCUAGACCGAGAAGAGAAGACGAAAAUUCUUUCACGGAACAACGAGACGAUGUACUUUCGGCGACCGACGAGGGAGAAUUUCAAAAUGGUUCCUAAGAUGAUUCGUAAUGGCAAGAAAAAAAAAAACAACACCCACACACACACACGCGCUCGCAAUCGCAUCGUCGAAUUAAACGCAAAAUUAUACAAUCACGCGUAUAGAUACAGAACAUAGUUAACCUAGGAUAAGGACUAAACUAUUCCUUCGUUCGGUUCAGGCGAUCGAAGCUACCAACUACCGAAUGUAAACAAAUGUAAACAUCUUUUCUCCGAGAAAAAUAUAGUAUCAACGAGCGAGAGGAAAUGAAAAUAAAAAAACAAACUAUUGA